AUGGUGCUCACCGGGCUAGCGACCGUCUUUCUUCUACUCGCUCUCCGGCAUACUGGUCAUAGCAGCCCCCUUCAAUGGCGUCCCAGCGCUGCCGGUGCCGCGCAGGCGAGCGAUAUCAACCAGGACCUACAAAGCCUGGCUCAGGCCGAGGGCCAUGAUGAGCUACGUCACUACCGACUUGCCGUGCUUCGGCAAUUUUUGCGAAGCCAAUCCCUGGUUGUCAACGCGCUGCGCGUGCAUCAACGAUUGCAGCGCGAAAACGAUUUGAGCAACAACCCCAUUUGCGCCACCAAGGUUUCAGCUGCGCAAUUGGCGGCGUUGCGCAUGGCACAGGUCGUCGUCGACCUCCAAUUUCUGGUGGACCAAGCCUUGGCCGCCUUUGGGAUAUCUUCCUUUGCCGAUCUACAACUCGUGCUCGAGUCUGCGGUAGCCCUGGCCACAACAACCAUCCUUGAGUGGCCUGGCAAGGACACAGCCCUGGGGCGAGCGAUCGACCCGUCUGGUUCAAAGUCAGCCAAACAGCUAUUGGGCCUGGCGCUGCAGCACCUGCCUGAGGCUCGUGUUGACUCUCUGGCCAGCGUGCAGGGCAUGCAGCUUUUUGUUAUUCAUAAUGCUGCCGUGACCAAGGAAGGCCAAGCCCGCAGUUACGCCCUCUGCGAUCGCCUCUUCAACCUCUUGCAGUGCAGCAACGACGUGGAGGCUGGCUGCUAUGAUCACAUCCCUUCCCCAGCCGCACUCCGUCGCUCCGACGCUGCCGCCCCAGCCCCAGCCCCAGCCCCGGCUCCGGCCCCCGCCCCAGGGCCGAACAAGCGCGCGGGCAUCCCACACUCGGCAGGGUCGGAACAGGCAGGCAAGAACGGCCAACAACGAGGUCUUCAACCGAUUCCCAAAGACGUUUGCGGUACACAACGGGACCGGGUCGUAGAACUCAUUCCAGAUUGCGUAGAUCGUGCUCGUUCGCGAGUGCUUUGGCGCUAUGAAAAUGAUGGUUACUAUAAAUGUCGCAAUGGAACUCAUUGGUUGACCCCUUGCCUGCGGCUUUCCGGUGCUGAUCAUGAGCGUGAUAAGUAG